UGAUGGGAUGGUGAUUGCUAACCAGAGAAGGUUGAAACUUGUAACCGCACAGACUCUUCCCUCUUCUCCUCUUCCUCAUUAAAAAAACUUCAACAUCAGAUUAGGGUUUCUGUGGCUCUCCGCAAUUCCGAGGACAUGUCAGGGAAACGGGUGAUAGCAAUAUGCAUGUCCGGUGGAGAGUUUCUGACGGAGAAAGGCGGAGCGUUAACUUACAAAGGAGGCGAUGCUCACGCGAUAGACGUGGACGAGGAGAUGAAGUUCAAAGACUUUAUCUCAGAGAUAGGGGAGAUGUUUAACUGCGACGCUAGAACGGUUUCUCUCAAGUACUUUCUCCCUGAUAACAAGAAGACGCUCAUCUCCAUCUCCAACGAUAAAGAUUUGAAACGGAUGAUCAAGUUCCACGAGAACUCGAACAGCGCUGAUGUCUAUCUCAUACCUGAAGAGCCUUCUCCAGACAUCUCAAACAUGCCUGCUAGCAGAUCAAGCAGAACUACAUUGUCUGAAGCAGUUCCUCUGGAGGAUAUGAUAGAUGACAUAGCAGGACCAGAAGAUCUCCCCCUCUCAGUCUCAGUCUCAGCUCCUCCCGUUGUGACCAUGGAGCAGCAAGUAGUGAACCGACCCGAAGACACACAGAUCGUCAUCACUACUCCACCCGACAUAAUGUCAGCCAUCCUCGAAGCCCCGAAUCCGAAAGGAGACAUCCUCACAAAGGCUAGAACGCAGCAGUGGCAGAACACGAUCACAGGCGUCGGGCAGAGGUUCAAAAACGUGAGCGAGUUCCGGGAAGCCCUGCGCAAGUACGCGAUCGCGAACCAGUUCGGGUUCCGCUACAAGAAGAACGACAGCCACCGCGUGACGGUCAAAUGCAAAGCCGAAGGCUGUCCCUGGAGGAUCCACGCCUCCAGGCUGUCAACCACUCAGCUCAUCUGCAUCAAGAAGAUGACUCCCUCGCACACCUGCGAAGGCGCGGGAGGCGUCAACGGCCUCCAGACGAGCCGGAGCUGGGUGGCUAGCAUUAUCAAGGAGAAGCUGAAAGUGUUUCCUAACUAUAAACCGAAAGACAUCGUCAGUGACAUCAAGGAGGAGUAUGGGAUCCAGCUGAACUACUUCCAAGCGUGGCGCGGGAAAGAGAUCGCGAGAGAGCAGCUUCAGGGAUCGUACAAGGACGGUUACAAGCAGCUUCCGUCCUUCUGCGAGAAGAUCAUGGAGACCAAUCCAGGGAGCUUAGCUACGUUCACCACCAAGGAGGAUUCGAGUUUUCACCGCGUCUUCGUGUCCUUCCACGCCUCGGUUUACGGUUUCCUCGAGGCGUGUCGACCUCUAGUGUUUCUCGACAGCAUGCCGCUGAAGUCGAAGUAUCAAGGGACGCUGCUAGCCGCGACUUCCGUCGACGGUGACGACGAAGUGUUUCCGCUAGCGUUUGCAGUUGUUGACGCGGAGACGGAGGAUAACUGGGAGUGGUUCUUGCUUCAGCUGAGGUCUGUUCUCGCUCCAGAUCAACAGGUUUCUAGCCAGAUCACGUUCGUUGCGGAUAGACAGAAGAGUCUCCAAGAGCUCAUCCCAAAGGUGUUCGUUAACUCCUUCCACGCGUACUGUUUGCGUUACUUAACCGACGAGCUCAUCAGAGACUUGAAAGGACCGUUCUCGCACGAGAUCAAGCGUUUAAUCGUCGACGACUUCUACUCGGCGGCCUACGCGCCGAGGCCCGAUUCGUUCGAGAGACACGUGGAGAACAUCAAAGGCCUCUCACCGGACGCAUACAGCUGGAUCGUGCAUAAUAGCCAGCCGGAUCACUGGGCCAACGCUUACUUCCCCGGCUCUCGUUACAACCACUUGACAUCGAACUCGGGCGAGCCGUUCUUCAGCUGGGCCUCGGACGCCAACGAUCUCCCGAUAACUCAAAUGGUGGAUGUGAUCCGAGGGAAGAUAAUGGGAUUGAUCCACGUGAGAAGGAUCAACGCAGCUGAGGCCAACGGGAGAUUGACUCCUUCGAUGGAAGUAAAGCUGGAGAAAGAGUGUUUAAAAGCGCAGAGCCUCCACGUGGCGUCCUCCGCGGAUAACAACUUGUUUCAAGUCCGCGGAGAGACGUACGAGCUCGUGAACAUUUCGCAGUGGGACUGUAGCUGCAAAGGCUGGCAGUUAACGGGGUUGCCGUGUCACCAUGCGGUUGCGGUUAUCAGCUGUAUUGGACGCAGCCCUUACGAGUUGUGUUCUAGAUAUUUUAGCGUUGAGAGUUACAGGGUGACGUACUCUGUGUCGAUAAACCCGGUGCCUUUGUUGGAAGGAGGGGAGAUGUGUUGUAGAGAGAGCUCUGGGGGGUCUGCGGUGACGGUGACGCCGCCGCCGACAAGGCGGCCACCGGGGAGGCCGCCGAAGAAGAAAACGCCGGCGGAGGAGGUGAUGAAGCGGCAGCUGCAGUGUAGUAGGUGCAAGGGACUUGGGCAUAACAAGUCGACUUGUAAAGAAUAUCUUCUUGAAUGUUAGUUGUUUAUGUAUCGUUCGUUUUCAUUAUGUUUAAUUAACUUUCAUCAACUUUUUAUGAUCAAUCUGUAAGAAAGGAGGAUUGGUUUUUUUACUUUAAAACACUUUUGUAUUUUAGUUUCAUUCAAUAAAAUUUCUUGCCAAAGUUCUU